CCUCUGUUACUCCGUACCUUGGUCUUUGAAUCCUCACCUCAUCUCCCACAGCAAACCCAAUCGCUCAAGUGACGGGUUCCGCCCAACAACAUGGCCAGGUAGACUACAAUUCCAAGUACCCAGUACAGCCGUCCUCCCUUCCCACAAUCCCACACUUAAAAUACCAUGCGCCACUCCUCCCUCUUGGUCCUGGUGGGCCUGCUCUCCACCCCAGGCCUGUCCGCCAAAUCGCCCAAGCGCGGUCUCGUGGCAGUCAGCAGCAGGGACUGGUCGGCGGACGACGCCAUCUUUGUGCGCGAGGACUCGCCCAUCUCGUGGUACUACAACUUCUACUGGAACGUGUCGGACAGCUAUGCAUCGCUCCCGCAGGCGCAGGUCGAGUUUGUGCCCAUGAUGUGGGGCGGGGGCGUCAACGACACGGACUUUCUGGGCAACGUCACCGAGAUGAUCGCGCCAUCUUCGGGGGGCAGCGGGAGGAACAUCACGCACGUGCUCGGCUUCAACCUGCCGGACCAGUCGUACGAGAACGGCGGCAGCCAGAUGGAGCCGGCCGACGCCGCGCGGGCGUGGGUGCGCAACUUGCUUCCGCUGCGCGACAAGUUUGGCGUCAAGCUCGGUCUGCCCGUGGUCGGGGAUCCGCGCGGCGGGUGGAUCGAUCCGUUCCUCAAGAACUGCUCGAGCCUGAACGAGGACAAGGAGUGUGAGUUCGACUUUGUGCCGCUCCACUCGUUCGGACACAUUGGCGUGCUCCAGGAUCGUGUGGCCAAGUUUUCGUCUGCAUUCCCUGGCGUGCCGCUCUGGGUCACCCAGUACGGCUACACCAACCAAAACCUGUCGACGACGCAGGAAUAUUUCAACCAGUCCCUCGCGUUUCUGGAGGGCAACGAGGCGGUGGCGCGGUACAGCUGGUUCGGGGCGUUCCGCAGCGUCGUCUCCAACGUCGGGCCCAACAUGGCCAUGCUCGACCCGUACGGCAACCUGACGGACAUCGGGUCGUGGUACCUCGGCGGCAACGCCACUGGCAAGGCCGCCCUUCCGGACGCCGGACAGCGGACCAACGCAUGCUCGGUUGAGAAUCCUUGCACCGGGGGUGACAAGAAUGCCGGCGCGAGCUUAUGCAUUGGAAGUAGUUUGGCAAGGUCGGGGACUGCUGCUGCGUUGGGUGCGCUUAUCAUUUUCCUUUAAGAAUAUGCCCAAAUCAUUAUGUUGAUGAAUAGUUCAGGUAAUUAAAUGUUAACAGUCU